AUGCCUUCUGCGGAUUGGAAAUCACUCAUUGAGGCAAAGAGAGCCCAUCUUUAUGCUCAGAUCCGUCCUGAAUGGCGCCUCCCAGGGAACAUCACCAAGCAAGUCCACCACACAUCAGAUGCCAGCGCCUUUGAUCUCCUCAACAACACAAAUCUCCUUUCCCAGAGAGAGCGCAAGAUUACGGAAAAUUACGAUGCGUCCGAGCUAAUCGAGAUGAUGGCCACCGCGGUCAUCUCGUCGGUCGAAGUUACAACUGCCUUUUGCAAGCGCGCUGCUGCCGCACAGCAACUGACAAAUUGCUUGACAGAGAUUUUCUUUGAAAAGGCUUUGGUGCGGGCAAAAGAGUGUGAUGACUUCCUAGCCAGAGAAGGGAAGCCUAUGGGACCAUUUCAUGGGAUGCCAAUCAGUCUCAAGGACAUGUUGAUGGUCAAGGACGAAGCGGCCACUCUUGGAUUCGUGUCAUAUCUAACCAAGCCAAAGGCUGACACGAACUCGGUCAUAGUGGAUAUGCUAUUGGAGGCUGGCGCAGUGCUGUACUGCAAGACCAACGUCCCCCAAACCCUCUUUGUGUGCGAGGGCAUGAACAACGUCUUUGGACACACCUUGAACCCUCACAAGCUGAGCCUCACUCCCAGCGGAAGUAGUUCGGGAGAGGGCGCCCUGGUUGGCUUCCGAGGAUCUCUGCUCGGCGUGGGUAGUGACAUUGGAGGCUCCAUUCGAGCCCCGUCUCUGUGCUGCGGUGCUUUCGGGUUCAAGCCGACGGCCAACCGUAUUCCCUGGAGUGGCCAGCAGGCUCUUAUCCCCAAAGGCUGGCCAGGAGUUGUUCCUAGCCUAGGACCGCACGCUCAGAGUGCCCCAGACCUGACCCUCUUUUGCAAGACGGUCAUCCAGAGGGAGCCCUGGACUCGUGAUUCGACGGCUCUUUAUAGUCCCUGGAGAGAUGUUCCAAGAAAGAAGCAGCUCACCAUCGGGUACUGGGUGGGUGAUUCUGAGCUCCCCGUUUCCCCCCCUGUUUCUCGAGCUCUGGAUGCAGCAGCCCAGGCUCUGAAAGCCGCUGGUCACCAGGUCAAGCCCAUCUCAGCUCCCGUGCCACUCGCCCAGGCUGGCCUGAUCUUUGCAAACUCAACAAAGCUGGACAACAAAAACCAGAUAAUGCAAAUUCUCGCAGACGGCGAGGAGCAGCCAAUUCAAGCAUUGCUCGACAUCAAUGCUGCCUCCGGUCUUGAGCCGCGCGAGUUCACACUGGACGACCUUUGGGAUUUUAACCGCGAACGUGAGGAAUACCGUCACGCCUGGCACAAAGUCUGGAUGGAGAACGGGAUUGAUGUGUUGUUGUGCCCUGGCAGUCGCGGAACGGCUGUGCCUCAUGGGAAAUACGGCGUGCCUUGGUAUACGAUGAUUUGGAACCUUCUUGAUUGCCCCGCCUCCGUUAUCCCUUUCUUGAAGGCGGACAAGGCCGUUGACUCGCAGACAAUGGAGGGCUAUGAUGCUGAAGCUGCCGAUGGUGCUCCAUGCAGCUUUCAAGUGGUGGGGUGGACUGGUCAAGAUGAGGAGGUCUUGAUGGCUACCGAAGUGAUGGCCGAGGCGGUUGAAAGCACGGCGGCCACAGCGCACCUUUAG